AUGAAAGAAGCAGUUUCAAAUCAUCAUCAUCAUCAUCACCAUGCUUGGCCUAUUAUCAUCUGCAGCACCUUGUUGUUCACCUUCUUCCUUGCCAAGCUUCUCAAAGACAAAGUACAGAAGAGGGAAAACAACUGCAGGUUGCCACCGGGAAGAAGGGGCUGGCCCAUUAUAGGUGAUAGCAUAAAAUGGUACAAUGCAGCUGCAAGUUCUCAUCCCCCCCAGUAUGUUGAGGAGCAGGUUCAAAGGUACGGAAACAUAUUCUCCUGCACUCUAUUUGGGAAAGGGACAGUGGUGUCGGCUGACCCGCACUUCAACCGGUUUGUGAUGCAAAAUGAGAGCAAACUGUUCCAAUCAAGCUAUCCAAAGUCUUUCAGAGAUUUGGUGGGAAAAAAUGGGGUCAUCACAGCCCAAGGGGAGCAACAGAGGAAGCUCCAUUCAAUCGCUUCCAACAUGAUGCGCUUAGAGAAGCUUAAGUUCCACUUCUUAAAGGACAUACAGAAGGUUCUUCACAACACCCUCAACAGUAUGCAUGAUAAACAAACCAUUUGUCUCCAAAAUGUCUGCAGAAAGGUAGCAAUUAACUUGAUGGUCAAUCAACUUCUUGGAAUGUCCAACGAAUCAGAAGUGAACGAGAUGGCUCAGUUGUUCUCUGAUUUUGCCGAUGGCUGUCUUUCAAUUCCAAUAAAUUUUCCAGGCUUCGCCUAUCACACUGCAAUGAAGGCAAGAAAAAGUAUAAUAAGCAAAAUUAAUAAGACGAUCAAGAUUCACAGGCAACGGCAUCACGCAGGAGCGGGUAAUGGAUUGCUUUGGCGAGUGUUAGAGGAAGAAAGCUUGCCUGAUGAUACUGUUGCUGACUUCAUUAUCAAUCUUCUGUUCGCCGGAAAUGAGACAACGGCCAAAACUAUGCUCUUCGCUGUCUAUUUUCUCACUCAAUGUCCUGAAGCAAUGAAGCAACUCCUGGAUGAGCAACAAAUGGUGAAGAAAACUACAAGCCACCUUGGGAAUGUACAGAUGCUUGAGUGGCAGGAUUACAAAGCUAUGCCCUUUACACAAUGUGUCAUAGACGAAACCCUUCGACUAGGAGGAAUAGCAAUUUGGUUGAUGAGAGAAACCAAGGAAACAGUUCACUACCAAGAUUAUGUCAUCCCCAAAGGAUGCUUCGUUGUUCUGUUUCUCUCAGCAGUGCACUUAAACGAAGGAGUAUUUAAAGAAGCUCUGACAUUUAAUCCCUGGAGGUGGAUGGCUCCAGAAAAUCAGGGGAAGAGAAAUUGGAGAACCAGCCCAUUUUUCACACCAUUUGGUGGAGGUGCUCGCUUUUGUCCAGGGGCUGAGUUGGCUCGCCUUCAAAUAGCACUGUUUCUUCAUUAUUUUGUAUUAACUUUCAGGUGGCAUCAACUCAAGGAAGACAGGAUGUCUUUCUUCCCUUCAGCUCGAUUAGUAAAUGGCUUCCAAAUUCAGUUAAGGAAAAUAUCAGAUGAAGAAGCAAACAUGAAAUGA